GAACUCGGGAACAGCAGAUGGAAGAGUGCACAGGGCGAGGCCUGGGGGAAGAAGGGCAGGGAACUUGCUUGCCCUCCAGGUGCACCACUGUCCCCACAUCGCCAUAUGUCACCAACCUGGAACUCUCCAAACUCCAUCCUUUUGGGGUUUUAUGGAGGCCUUAUCACAUAGACAGGAUUGAUGAAAUCGCUGGCCGUUGGCUGUUGAUUCAAUCUCCAGCCCCUCUUCCCUCUCCAGAGGCUGGGAGUUCUGGCAUCCUUGGAUGGGGCCCAAAAGUCACCUCCAUAACAUAAAGACACCUUUGUUGCUCUGUCACUUAGGAAAUUCAAGAAGUUUUGGAGCUCUGUGCCAGGACCAGUGUGGAUAAAGACAAAGAUCUACAUAUUUCUAAUUACAAAUCAGAACAUACCUCUGGAUACUCCCAACACUUCCGUUCCCUUCCCAGAAUGGUCAUUCCCUUAUUGUCCAUCACUAAUUUAGUGUGUCUUUCUUACUCGGUUCAUUGCCCCUCCCUGAGAAUGUUCAGCUCCGUGAUGCUUUUACUUUGUGGUGCCACAGCAGCAAACCGAAACUCAGAUCACCUUCGUGUCCCCACGAGUGUUCUGCUCCACUAGACCAGAAGCAUCGUCUCCCGUCAGCUAGUCCUGGACACUGUUCCUUCCCCCCUUCUCCCACCCAAAGGGCACUCGGAAGGUUUUGCAGGAAGGAGAACUGCAGGAGACUUGGGUGAAAACACUGACUGGGGUGCACGUGCCUCCAAGCCUAUGUCACCAAGGCUGACUCAGGUAUGUCUCGGGGACAGCUCCUGCACUGGCCCCCAAUCUGUGCCUCACGGGAAGGCGUCACUGUCACCCCAAUUUCACAGACGAGCACGCCGAGGCUCCAAGCACUUGUCUGAAACGCUACAACUGCACGUGGGUUCGUUUGGCCAGAUUUCGGGGGGACCUGGCGUGCUCGCGGCGGCACCGCCGCCCCGCUCGGACCGGAGGACACUCACGCCCCGCCUCCCACUGGGGGUGGCUGGGCCAGCUCCACCCUGGAACUGUCACCACACAGAGCGGAAUUGCAGAGCAGCUAGUACAGAUGCUCCCGUCCGCCGGCUUCUGGGCUUCCGCCAGGGGGCGCGACUUGGGGUGACGCUCCUUCCGGCCGGCUCUGCGCAGGCGUGCGAACCAGUGCCCCUAAAGGACGGUGGGCAGCGCGGCGUCCAGACAAGCCGCGAGCGACACAUGUUGAAGGGCCACAGCAAAGAACAGUUGCGCUCCACUAGCUCCAGUCAGAUGGCUGGGAACGUGUGUGGCUGUGGCCCAGCCCCGCAGGGCGACUCGCAGCUCAGUGCCGCGCUUGCCUUGCUGCCGGGGCACCGCCGUAUUUCCUAUCAUUUACUUCCUGUGAAGUCUGGGCGCCGCCAGGGCAAGCCAGGAAUAGGAUAAGGCCACUGAGCCGGUCGAGGCGGAAGUGGCUAAGAGCGCCGCCACUGCUGGCAGGGACCGGAAGUGGCCAGUAGAGGGCCGCCAUUGCGGGCAGAGGCUGGAAGUGGCUCUUCAGGCGCCGCCGUUACACGCUGGGCCGGAAGGAGAGGCAGGGCGCCGCCAUUGCCGGCAGGGGCGGAAGCAGAAGCAGGGCGCCGCCAUAACGGUUUGGCCCUUAAGGGAGUAGAGCCGCUCGUACGCUGUGCUACCGGAAAAAGAGAAGCAGAGAGGGUUAGGCUUAGCGCCGCCAUCACAACCUGACACCGGAAAAGGCGGGGCGCACCUCCCUGACUAUUUCUCCCAGGCACCGGCCUCGACAUGCAGGCGGCCCUGGAGGUCACUGCUCGCUACUGCAGCCGAGAGCUGGACCAGUAUGGCCAGUGUGUUGCGGCCAAGCCUGAGUCGUGGCAACGCGACUGUCACCACCUCAAGAUGAGUAUCGCUCAAUGCACGUCCUCCCAAUCCGCCAGGCCUGCGCCGAGCCCUUCGAGGCCUUCGAGGAGUGUCUGCGGCAGAACGAGGCGUCCACGGGCAAGUGUGCAGAGCAGACACAGCCACUGCCUGCCUCCUGAGGACACUUUGGACCGUAGGAAAAUGACGGGCGUGACUGCCACUUGGUGCCCCCAGCCUUGGAGAGUGGCCAGAUGUCCUGAGGGCUCUGGACUUGGGACUCACAAUAAAUAAAGACUCUGUAUCCCA